AUGGAAAUGUGGUAUAAGCUUGGCAAUCAGGCUAGUGUAUGGUUACCAGCCCAGAUGAAUAUCAUAACAUCUUCAAACUAUGAGAUUAUCCUAGAAGCCACACGGUCUUCUCAAUUUUACGGCGAUAUUGCUGUUGAUGAUACCGCCCUCUCCGCCGGCGCAUGUCCAGGGUCACUUGACUGUGAUUUUGAGGUUGGCUUCUGCGACUGGAAGAACGUUGAUGGAGAUGAUUUUGAUUGGAUUUGGGGAACACCAAUCUCAUCACAGGGAAAGGGUCCUCAAGUAGAUCACACAUUAAGCACAAACGCAGGUCAUUACGUGUAUGUGGAUACUAAUGCGAAUAAUGUGGGUGACACUGCUAUCUUAUCAAGUCAUGAUUACAUCCACACCGGUCCAAGAUGUGUAUCAUUCUAUUACCAUAUGAGUGGGUCUGGUCCAGGAACUCUGUCGGUCUAUAAGCAGGAUGAUGGAGAGCUGUUUGUUAGUCCCAGCUGGACUAAGAAUGGGGAUCAAGGGGAUAGAUGGGUCCAUGCACGGGUAGAGAUUGUACCGACACCUGAUAAGAGCUAUAAGAUCUACAUUGAGGCUACAUCAUCGGGUCCUUCCUCUGACAGCGAUCUCGCAAUCGAUGAUAUCAACAUUGGCGACAACAUUUGCCUUCCCGAAGGCUCAUGUACAUUCGAGUAUGAUAUGUGUGGCUUCGUCAAUGACUACGUGAAUGAUGACGGACUUGACUGGUUUAGAGCUAGCCGUACAGGAUCAGGCGACACUGGACCUUCUGUUGACCAUACCCUACAGACAGGAUAUGGUCAUUUUGUGUUCAUCGAGGCUUCGUUCAUUACACCAGGAACCAGAGGUUGGCUACUCAGUGAAUACUUCCAACCUACUCCAGGUCGAUGCAUGGAAUUUUGGUAUCACAUGUAUGGCAACACAACAGGUGACUUGAAUGUGUAUUCUUCCACUGCUACAACCUCUCCUAAAUUGCUGUUCAGUCAAAGUGGUAAUAAGGGUGAUGUUUGGUUGCAGGCAAAGGUAGAUGUCGACUCGACGGAGAAAUUCUGGGUUACCUUUGAAGCUGUGGUUGGGUCUGACUAUCUCAGUGACAUAGCUCUAGAUGAUAUGUUCUUCCAUCCUUCUAUAUGUGCUAUCACCAUUGCCCCACCCUCGCUAUUUCCACCUACAUAUCCACCUGAUACUCAUGACUGUGACUUUGAAUCUGAUUUCUGCACCUGGAAUCAGGAUGUUAAUAAUGAUUUUGACUGGAUCAGGGCUUCAGGAGCGACAGAUAGUGCUGGGACAGGACCAUCUUCAGAUCAUACUAUAGGAGACCAAACAGGUUAUUACAUUUACAUCGAAACAUCCGAUGGAAGUCCCGGCGAUGUUGCCCGGCUUAACUCUCAGUUCUUGAAAAACAUCGACGAUACCGGAUACUGCAUGGAAUUCUGGUUCCAAAUGUACGGCCAGCACCUGGGCGCCCUCACCGUCUAUGAGAAAAUAGGUGAUACAGAGAGCCCUGUAUGGACAGAAACAAAUCCAAGAGGACCACAAUGGAACCAGGUUCAUCUUCACUUUACAGAUUCUGGAUCGUACACGGUAAUCUUUGAAGGCCAAAAGGGUUCAGAAGCCUUGGGAGACAUUGCCUUGGAUGAUAUAUCGUUCCAUCCGGGCAACUGUCCUACACCAAGUAUGUGUGAUUUUGAGAACGGAGCAUGUUACCUGAGUCAAACCGAACCAGAUCAAUUUGAUUGGCAGGUCAUUCAAGCCAAUUCAGAAGCAACAGCACCUACCACAGACAAUACCUACAGAACUGAUUAUGGUCAUGUAUUCUAUGCAGACAUGACUGAGCUGACUUCAAAUGACGAUGUAGCUAUUGUGGAAACUGGUCCCCUUCCUCCAACAUCCAAUUUGGGCAACUGUUUCCAGUUCUGGUAUUCAAUGUUCAACUCCAAAAUAUGCCAACUUCAGGUGUAUAAGAUUCAUGCUAUGAGUGGAGAAGUAUCAUUAGAAUGGGAGAUGAAUGGUAUAACCCACGAGGAUGAAUGGCAUGUUACGGAAAUAAAUCUCAAUAACACUGAUGAUCUCUUCAAGAUCCAAUUCCGAGCCGCGAGUAAAGACUACACACAGAAUGCUGCCAUAUCUCUGGACGAUCUUACUAUUUCAUCCGCCCCGUGUUCCCCAUUCGGUGACUGUAACUUUGAGACAGGUCUCUGCACGUGGAAGAAUGAAGAAAGGACUGAUGAUUUUGAUUGGCAGCGGAUCCAGGGUAGGACGCCCUCUGACGGUACUGGACCAGGCGUUGACCAUACCUUCGGGACGCCUUAUGGGACGUAUAUAUACACCGAAGCCUCGGGGCAGACACAAGGACAGGCUGCCACCUUGAAGUCAGGUGACUUCCUGGCCUCACAGAAACUAUGUAUGGAGUUUUAUUACCAUAUGAAUGGGGAAGGUGUAGGCAAUCUCAAUAUCCAAACUCAAGCAGAUACAGCCACUAAGGUCACGACGUUGGAGACACUGAAAGGCAACAGGGGCGAUGUGUGGAGACAUGAUACGAUAAUAUUGAAUCCCAUCAAGGAUGCUUAUUCGUACCAGGUGAUGUUCCAAGCUACGGUAGGCUCAUCACACACCAGUGAUAUAUCACUCGAUGAUAUUGCUUUCUAUUAUGAAGAAUGUCCAGCCGAUCCAACCGACUGUGAUUUUUUCUGUGAAGACCCAGCUCAGACCUGUAUACCUUAUACACAAUUUUGUGAUUUCACGCCUCACUGCCCAAAUCAGCACGACGAACUAGACUGCGGAUCAGCAUGUACAUUUGAACAGGACACAUGUCGCUGGUGGAACUCUGGAUCCAGUGGUUAUAAAUGGAUUAGACACCAAGGAGCUACACCAGAUUCUAACACCGGACCUGCAUAUGAUCAUACUACACUAAGUGCUGCUGGCUGGUAUAUGUACGUUGGAACCGCGCCUAGCUCUGGUGCUGCCUACGCUGUAUUCUCCUCUCGUAUGCAUAACAACGCUGCAGCAACGUGUGAGAUUCGAUUCUGGUAUCAUAUGUACGGUGAAGACAUUGGUGUCCUGCAGCUAUGGAUUCAAGAGGAGGCAUAUCUAAUGCUACCAUGGUUUAAGGAAGGUGAUCAAGGAGACUAUUGGCACGAAGGAAUCGCAGGGAUCGGCAGAAUUCCUGGUGGAUUCAACGUGAAGUUCCAGUCAAUUCGAACAUUUGAAGUUCUUGGUGACGUGGCAAUUGAUGACAUCAGAAUGGAAUCAUGUGCUUUACCAGUACCUCAAAUAGAGGAUUGCCAAGCCGAUGAGUUCCCAUGUGAUAGUGGAGCCUGCAUCACGAAGAGACGGGUCUGUGAUUUUACGGAUGAUUGUGGUGACUGGUCUGAUGAGGCUUCAGAUAUUUGCAAGGAUUACAACAAUUGUGACUUUGAGGAUGAUACGUGUGACUGGAGUCAAGAUAAUACAGAUGAAAUAGACUUCAUGAGAAUCAAAGGUCCCUCAGAUGAUAACUUUAGGACAGGGCCCUACAGAGACCACACAACGCAGACUAUAGGUCAUUACAUGGUUAUGGAUGCCAGCACAAAGGGGUAUACAGAGGGUGAUAGAGCGAGGAUGGUCAGUCUUGUUCACCAAUCUAAUGGGGACUGCAGGUUCCGAUUGUGGUACCAUAUGUUUGGAUCUAACAUGGGCACACUGAAUAUAUUCAUGAAGACAUCAAUAGGAGGUUACAUGACCACUCUCUUCACCAAGACUGGCCAUUCAAACGACUAUUGGGAGCUCGCAGAUGUAGACCUAACUGUUUCCGGGUCAACCAACUUCCAGGUCGUAAUAGAGGCCAUACGAGGGGACGGACCAUAUGGCGAUAUUGGCAUUGAUGAUACGUCCUUUACACCGGAGUGUGUGAAGUCAUCUGGAGGACUCCCUUCAGGCACCACUACCCCAGCUGUAACCACCAUUGGUCCUUGUGGGGCUGGUAAAUGGCAGUGCUCUGAUCUGACAUGUAUCGAUGCUAACAGAUACUGUGAUUAUCAACAAGACUGUCCAGAUAACUCAGAUGAGGCUAUUUGUGGACCAUGUGAUUUCGAUACUAAUCUUUGUGGAUGGCGUGAUGAAAGCUUUGGAACGUAUGUAUGGGGGCAAGAAGCUGGUGGUAUCGGAACCAUACCAGGGCUUAGUACACAGGCUGACAGUGGAUAUUACAUGAGAGUGGUACCCGGUAAUGCUCAGUUCAAGGAAUUUGCCCGAUUCGUGAGCCCCACACUACCAGAUACAUCUAUCUACUGUCGGUUUGACUACUGGUACUAUUUCAAGCCAUCCGAUGACAGUGUUGAGUUCAACUUAGAGAUGGAGAAAUUGGAUCAACCAGGGUAUAUUGUUUAUCACAAUGAUCAGACCGAGCAGUGGAUCAAUGUACAUGUUUAUUACGGUCGAAUCGAAACCACUUAUCAGCUUAUCUUUGCUGCCUUCGCGCAAGCAGAUGAGGACAUCAUUGUUGCGGAUGAGAUCUCUUUCACUGACUGUAAGGUAGAUUCCUAUUUUCCAUGCGAGAUUGAAUGUGAUAAUAAACUAUGUGUACCCUACUCAGCUGAAUGUGAUUAUACAAAUGACUGUGGUGAUCGAACGGAUGAGAGGACAUGUACGUUUAGACAUGAUAAACUUGUACCACGCUCGCCAACAUGA